AUGCCGAAAAGAUCAGCAACGACCCGGCCGCAGCCCAGCGCCGAGCACAGACGACGCGUCUACGCCGCGUGCAGCGAGUGCCGUCGUCGCCGCCGCAAGUGCAACGGCAGCCAGCCCUGCGCGCAAUGCUCGGCCUACGGCUACGCAUGCACCUACGAGGCCGAAUCCGCGGCAGCAGCACAGAACGCCCCUCCAGGCGCGGCAAGCUCCAGCCGUCAUCGUCCGGCAGAACCGAUCCGGCGACGGCAAGGUCGCCGCGUCGCGUCCCCGGCGGAUGAAGAAGAGGCAGCGCUGCCUCCUUCGACGCCGCUCAUCGUCAGCCGCGAGAGGGGCCGCUUCAUCAAUGCCAACAGCGCCGUCGCCCUGCCCCAUCUCGUCGGGCAGCAGCUCUCCGUCUCCCAGCCGCUGCGUCUGCACUCCUACGCGUGGAACCUCGGCCUGCGCCCCGAGCGCCGCGGCACCGUAUCCUCGUCCCUCGCAGAGUACCUCACCCUCGCCGAGUGCCAGGCGCUGUGCGCCGUCUACUUUGCCGCCGUGCACCCUCUUUUCGCCUUCUUAUGCCAGGACUCUUUCUCACGACGUCUGGUCGACAGCUGGGCCACGCUGGAGAGCCAGCCCAACUUUGCGGCCGUCGUGGCGCUCGUCGCCGUGCUGGGCUCCUUUUUCUCGACUGAGGCACACCCGCGCGAGCAGGACGUGAAGCGGCACGGCCUGGCGAUUCUGGAUCUCGCCCUGUCGGCGCCCGUCGCGGCGAUUGACCUGGACGCGGUCGCGGGGUGGCUUCUGCGGACACUGUACAUGCGGCUGACGACGCGCCCGGCCAUAUCCUGCAUGGCGAGCCACGUCGCGAUGCACUUUGCCGAGAUCAUGGGCCUGCAUCGGGACCUAGUCGAUGAUGGCACCGACGAUGCCGCUGCUGCAAAGUCGGCGGCGUUUGGCCUGGAGGAGCUGGAGUCGAGGCGUCGCCACUUUUGCGUCGCGCGCUUCCUGAAUGUGCUGCUCACGACCGAGUAUGGCGUGUCUGGGCCCGCGCCGCGACAUACGAAUUGCCUGUCGCCGGCGCGCAUCCCCGGCGCUCAUAUCGAGGUCCUGCACACCAUCACCCGCGUGCUGCAAGAGGCCGAGGCGGCUGCGAGCGCUGGCCUCGACUCGGACGACUACGCCGAGUUGUUCCAACAUCUGAAAGACAUUCCCCACGACGACGACACUGUUGCACUCUUCACCGCCGACGCCUGUCUGUGCUUGCUUCGCCGCUUCGCCGCCUCGUCGCGUGGACCCAGCCCCCAAAUCGUGACCAUGGCCACCGCCAUCCUACGGCGGGCGCUCGACGGCAUCACGGCGCUGCUGGCCGCGGAGCGCACCUGGUGGAGCAUGCUGAGCGUGCCGUUCCAGAGCAUCUGCGUCGGCGUGUCCGCGGACCACGCCGCCCUGCUGGCGCUGCUGCCGACGGCCAUGGGGCUGCUGCGCGCCAUGGCGGACAAGUUCGCCUCGCACAUGGCCAAGGAGGCGCUGGCGACUGCGCAGCAGGUCAUUACAGCGUCGAGGGGCAGCACCGAGGCCAAGCUGGCGAUGCAGGAUGCGGCGCUGGCGCACGCGCUGCCGGCGGUGGACAUUGACUGGGCGGGCUUUGAUUUCGACAUGGGCGGCGACUGGCCCGUGGUGGACUUUCUGAUGUAG